GUGUUUCACGCUACUGUAUUAAAUCAGGACGAUCUGAUUGGUCAGUUUCAAUGAGAUCUUUAUAAUUUAUGAUUGAUACGACUAAUAAUCCAAGCUAUCAAUAAAAGUAGCUAAUAUACUUAAUAUGAUACUUUCGUGCCAAAACUUGCAACUAAAAUCAUCACUUCAAGUUUCUUCAAUCUCAACCCCAGAAAUCAACAGAAGAACAUUACUCAAAUUCCUAAUUAGCUCAAAUCUGAAAAUGGGUAGUGAAGAUAACAUCAAAGAAACCUUCUUUAUUUCUCAUGGAACUCCAAUGAUGGCAAUUGAUGAUUCAAAGCCUUCUAAAAAAUUCCUUGAAAGUUGGAGAGAGAAAAUAUUCUCUAAAAAACCCAAGGCUAUUCUCGUCAUUUCUGCUCACUGGGAAACUGAUCAACCUUCUGUUAAUGUUGUGGACAUCAAUGAUACCAUCUAUGAUUUCAGAGGUUUUCCUGCUCGUUUGUACCAGUUUAAGUACUCGGCUCCUGGAUCUCCAGAACUGGCAAACAGGAUACAAGAUCUUCUCGCAGGAUCUGGCUUCAAAUCUGUGAACACUGACAAGAAACGAGGGCUUGAUCACGGUGCAUGGGUGCCUCUAAUGCUGAUGUAUCCUGAAGCUGACAUCCCUGUUUGUCAGCUCUCUGUCCAAUCGCAUUUGGAUGGAACACACCACUAUAAGUUGGGACAAGCGUUGGCUCCUCUAAAGGAUGAAGGUGUCCUCAUCAUUGGUUCCGGAAGUGCAACACACCCUUCGAAUGGUACCCCUCCUUGUUCUGAUGGAGUUGCUCCGUGGGCUGCAGCUUUUGAUCGCUGGCUUGAAACAGCUCUGACAAAUGGAAGCUAUGAAGAAGUGAACAAAUAUGAAACUAAAGCACCAAACUGGAAAUUGGCUCAUCCUUGGCCUGAGCACUUUUAUCCACUGCAUGUAGCCAUGGGUGCCGCUGGUGAAAAUUCGAAGGCAGAACUUAUUCACAACAGUUGGGAUGGUGGUAUCAUGUCGUAUGGCUCCUACAAGUUCACUUCCACCUAAUUUCAACAUUGUAAUACUUGUUUAGUUUGUAU